AUGUCCAAGAAGAAACGUCCCGGUGUUCCGGCUGCCAUUCGUCUGGCAUCUUGUCAAGAUGUUCGCCUCUGGGAGCGCGUGGAACAACAAUACGAGAGCAUUCGGAGUGACAAACUACUCCAAGCCGAAACCAAUUGUCCCGUUUCGUUGGACCAAACAACGCAUAUAACCAAGACGCAGUUACUGGAUAUCGUCCAAUGGAAAUUUGCCGUGGGAAAGCCACGACCACAGAAUAUGGGUUUGCUCCACUCCAAUGCAGACUCCAUGGUACAAGAGUGUUCUCAACGAGCCAUUCAGUUGGCCAGGAAAGCGGAGGCGUCCCAAGAAGAAGGACAAUUCACGCCAGAUGGUCUCGAAACAAUCAAAGCCUCCUUAAAAGAAUUGACCCAACUCAAGGGAGUAGGUCCUGUCACGGCCACCGCUGUACUAUGUCGCGUACGGCCGGACAUGUUUGCUUACAUGUACGAUGAAGUCAUUGAUUGCUUCGAGCCCAAACGAGAUUACACACUUCCAAUCUAUCUACGCAUCAAUGCCAAAUGUUUGGAACUGGCUCAUAAUAAUACAUUAGAAGGAGGAUGGACUGCAGCUCGAGUGGCCAAGGUGCUCUGGAUAGCCGCCAAGGUAGCAGCCACCGACAAUCUUCCCGACUUGACGGUUGAUGAGGCUACUUCUGCUGGCAACGAAAAGUCCAAGCAUCGCAAAGCAGGGAAAGACACUGAUACUAUUAUGAGACAAUCCAGGCCAAAGAGACGAAAGACUAGAAAGUAG